GAGCACUGCACAGACCCGAGGGCCUGCGCCCUCCGGCGGUCGCCGCUUCCCGCCCACCUGCCCACCUGCCCGGGUAAGAAGCGCCCCCGCGCGCCCGCCUGGGGGUCUUGCGGGCAACCCAGUUGUCAGGCACGUCGCUGAAGACCCUGUGGCUCCAAAGCAACGGGGCACACUUCUCACCUGUGGAGCAAAGAACAGCAAAUUGUUCUUCUCUCGAGGAGAAUCUUUUCCCUCCUCUCAGAAGGAAAGAUGUCGUCGGAUGGGUAUUCCGCGGACCAGAAUUUCUGCUAUCUCAUAUCGUGUUUCAGGGCCAGAGUGAAAAGGUACAUUCAGGUGGAGCCGGUAUUGGACUACUUGACCUUUCUGCCUGCAGAGGUGAAGGAGCAGAUUCAGAGGGCGGUCGCCACCACUGGGAACAUAAACGCAGCUGAACUGCUUCUGAACACUUUGGAGAAGGGUGUCUGGCCCCCCGGCUGGACUAGGAUGUUUGUGGAGGCUCUCCGGGAAACAGGCAACUCCUUAGCGGCCCGCUACGUGAACCCCGAUCUCACCGACUUGCCCUCUCCAUCCUUUGAGAGCUCUCAUGAUGAGUGUCUCCAACUGCUGAACCUUCUUCAGCCUACAGUGGUGGACAAGCUUCUGGUUACCGAUGUCUUGGAUAAAUGUGUGGAGGAGCAACUGUUGACAGGUGAAGACAGAAAUCGGGUUUCUGCUGCAGAAAAUGAUGGAAAUGAAUCAGGAGUAAGGGAGCUCCUGAAAAGGAUUGUGCAGAAAGAAAACUGGUUUUCUACAUUUCUGACAGUUCUGAGACAAACAGGAAAUGAUGCACUUGCCUGCGAAUUAACAGGCACCGAUUGCUGUGAAAGCAAUGCAGAAUCUGACGAUUUAUUAGGAGAAAAUGGUCCUGAAGUUCAAGAGCCUCUCCUUUUAGCCACAGAUCAGCCAAGUCUGGACGUCUCGGACAUAGAGAAAAAUUCACUGGAAUCAUCUUUUGCAGAUUCUUCUGUAGUUUCAGAAUCAGACACAAGUUUGGCAGAAGGAAGUGUCAGCUGCUUAGAUGAAAGUCUUGGACAUAACAGCAACAUGGGCAGUGAUUCAGGCACCAUGGGAAGUGAUUCAGAUGAAGAGACUGUGGCUCAAAGAGCAUCCCCUGAGCCAGAGCUGCAUCUCAGGCCUUACCAACUGGAAGUGGCCCAGCCAGCUCUGGAGGGAAAGAAUAUCAUUAUAUGCCUCCCCACCGGGAGUGGGAAAACCAGAGUGGCCGUGUACAUUGCCAAGGAUCACUUGGACAAGAAGAAAGAAGCUUCUGAACCUGGAAAAGUUAUGGUCCUUGUCAAUAAGGUACCAUUAGUUGAACAGCUCUUCCGCAAAGAGUUCGAACCAUAUUUGAAGAAAUGGUAUCAUGUUACUAGAUUAAGUGGUGAUACCCAAUUGAAAAUAACAUUUCCAGAAGUUGUCAAGUCUUGUGAUGUUAUUAUCAGUACAGCUCAAAUCCUUGAAAACUCCCUUUUAAACUCAGAAGAAGGAGAAGACCCUGGUGUACAGCUGUCAGACUUUUCUCUCAUCAUCAUUGACGAAUGCCAUCACACCAACAAAGAAGCAGUCUAUAAUAACAUCAUGAGGCGUUAUUUGAAACAGAAAUUGAAAAACAAUAAACUCAAGAAAGAAAAGAAACCAGUGAUUCCCUUACCUCAGAUAUUGGGACUAACAGCCUCACCAGGUGUUGGGGGAGCCAAAAAGCAAGCCAAAGCUGAAGAACAUAUUUUAAAAAUAUGUGCCAAUCUUGAUGCAUUUACCAUUAAAACUGUGAAAAAAAAUAUUGAUCAACUUAAAGACCAAAUAAAGGAGCCAUGCAAAAAGUUUGUAAUCGCAGAUGACACCAGAGAAGAUCUGUUUAAAGAUAGUCUUCUAGAAAUAAUGACAAACAUUCAAACUUUUUGCCAAAUUAGUCCUAUGUCAGAUUUUGGAACUCAACCCUAUGAACAAUGGCUCAUUCAAAUGGAAAAAAAAGCUGCAAGAGAAGGAAAUCGCAAAGAUCGUGUUUGUGCAGAACAUUUGAAAAAGUACAAUGAGGCUCUACAAAUUAAUGAUACAAUCCGAAGGAUUGAUGCCUAUAAUCACCUUAAAACUUUCUACAAUGAUGAGAAAGAAAAGAAGUUUGAAGUCCUGGAAGAUGACAGUGAUGACAAUGGAGAUGAUAGUGAUAAGGAUGAAGAUGAGAAUGAUGAAAAGAAACCUUCAAAACUGGAUGAAUCAGAUAUAUUUCUCAUGACUUUAUUUUUGAGAAACAAGAAAAUAUUGAAGAAGCUGGCUGAAAACCCAGAAUAUGAAAAUGAAAAGCUGACCAAAUUAAGAAACACCAUAAUGGAACAUUUUACAAGGACUGAGGAAUCAGCACGAGGAAUAAUUUUCACAAAAACACGACAGAGUGCAUAUGCCCUUUCCCAGUGGAUUACUGACAAUAAAAAAUUUGCAGAAGUAGGAGUCAAAGCCCACCAUCUGAUUGGAGCUGGACACAGCAGUGAGUUCAAGCCCAUGACACAGAAUGAACAAAGAGAAGUCAUUAGUAAAUUUCGCACGGGAAAAAUAAAUCUGCUUAUCGCUACCACGGUGGCAGAAGAAGGUCUGGAUAUUAAAGAGUGUAAUAUCGUUAUUCGAUAUGGUCUCGUCACUAAUGAAAUAGCCAUGGUCCAGGCCCGUGGUCGAGCCAGAGCUGAUGAGAGCACCUACGUCCUGGUUGCCCAAAGUGGCUCUGGAGUUAUUGAACGUGAGACCGUUAAUGAUUUCCGAGAAAUGAUGUAUAAAGCUAUAGACCGUGUUCAAAAUAUGAAACCAGAAGAGUAUGCUCAUAAGAUUUUGGAAUUACAGAUGCAAAGUAUAAUGGAAAAGAAAAUGAAAAUCAAGAGAAGUAUUGCAAAGCAAUGCAAGGACAACCUAUCAUCAAUAAGUUUUCUAUGCAAAAACUGCAGUGUGCUAGCCUGCUCUGGAGAAGAUAUCCACAUAAUUGAGAAGAUGCACCAUGUCAACAUGACACCAGAGUUCAAGAACCUGUAUAUUGUGAGAGGAAACAAGGCACUGAAGACGAAGUUUGCUGACUAUCAAACAAAUGGCGAGAUAAUCUGCAAAAAAUGUGGCCAAGCUUGGGGAACGAUGAUGGUGCACAAAGGCUUAGAUUUGCCUUGUCUCAAAAUAAAGAAUUAUGUAGUGGCUUUCAAAAAUAAUUUAUUUAAGAAACAAUACAAAAAGUGGGUAGAAUUACCCAUCACAUUUCCCGAUCUUAACUAUUCAGAAUAUUGUUUGUCUAGUGAUGAGGACUGAUGUUUGAUUCCAGAUUCUUUUAAAAUAUUAUCAACUUGACCUUUCAUAGGAUUUUGAUGACAAUUUUCAUUAUACUACAGAACUGAUGUAAGAAUUAAUAAAAUCAUUGCUUUAUUCUGUGUUGAACUGUAUGGAAGAAGACAAUGUAUUAUGCUUUCCAUUUCUAUCUUGGUGGGCAGAAAUGCUACCAGUAAUACUCAUUAGUGAUUCUGGUACAGUGGAAAGAAUACUGGGGCAUAAAUGAGGAUCUGAGGUACUAAUCUCAAUCCUGUCACCAAUUUUCGGAAUAAAACGAAUCAGUUCAUCA